AAAUAGAAAGAAAUAUGACUGAUGAAGCCAGAACCAGAAGGUUACAUUGUCUUAAGAGUUGAAUAUCUUUUCAUCAUAACACCCUCUUAGAGACCAUAAACAAUUAUAAAUACAGGUCUAGGAUCUUCAUUUGAUCACUCUUGUUGUUGGGAAUUUUCCUGCACCGCAGGAAAUGCAGCUUCAUUAUUAAUGAACUGAAAACACUCAAUAACACACAGUUAUAUUAACAGUAUUGCACUUUUCAUGUAGCCCAAUUUUUGGACAACUAAUAACCUAACCACCAGUCAAGCAACAAUAUAUGGACUAACCGUUCAAAUCCUGUUGAUGCAGGAUGAUUUUGCUGUGACUAUACUGGUCAAAUUGAGAUACUACAUCUGUAUGAUUCAUCAAAAACUCUAAAUAAAAUCAGUUGUUUGUUUAGAAUUUCAAAGCCGCUCCCAAGGACCCAUUACAUAGAACAUAACAGCGAUCUCAAGGGUCCAAUUUAGGAUAAACAAUUCCCCAAUAUCAACCAAAGUCGUAAAUAUUCUUAAUAUGAAUCACUCACAGAUGAAACACGGCUUGUUUAUUUCCUUAUCCUCGGGCUCAUUGGAAUGUGUGGAGAAAAGUAAAACCUUGCAGCCUAUGAGAAAGUGAGGAAUUAGAGAAUUGCCCAGAGAGAGUGAAUGGCAUAAAGUAAAGUGGACUAUUACAGUGAUAAUCAGGAGUACUGCCUGCAUUGACUUUUGAAAAAGAUUAAAGGAUAGGCUGGUUCGUGGCCAGAUGGCCACAUGAUUACAAGUAUGACUUCAAUCAGAGGGAACAUUAUUGGAUUCUAUAUAGACGAUGAGAUUCCUUUGACUUCAAUGAGAGAAGUUCAUCAAAUUUUCUGUUACAUUUCAUCAUUGGUAUUGAACGGUUUGAAUAGUAUUUUUUUUCUCAACUGCCAAGGGCAGGGCACUUCACUAUUCAAGCAGGACUUUUGUAAAUUGAAGUUGGUCAAGGAUUGCUUUUCACAGAAGCCCCCAACAAAUGCCAAGGCCUUGGCCUUUGAGAUGUUUUUAUACAUACAUACAUACAUACAUACAUACAUACAUACAUACAUACAUACAUACAUACAUGCAUACAUGCAUACAUGCAUACAUACAUACAUACAUACAUACAUACAUACAUACAUACAUACAUACAUACAUACAUACAUACAUACAUACAAACAAACAAACAAACACAAACAAACAAACAAACAACUUGACCUAGACAAAACAGAGAUAUUUUAUUUUAUAUAUAUAUCAAAUUCCUUAUCUUAUGCAAACUAGACGGCACAAUGUUUAUAUAUUUUUAUUUACGUAGUACUUAAGUAAAAAUACUUUAAAGUACUUAAGUUGUUUUUUGGGGCACAUUCCAACACUCAGACAUGUUUAGGUAGUCUGUCAGAUCAGAGGUAACAGGGAUGACCAGGGAUGUUCUCUUGAUAAGUACGUGAAUUUGACUAUUUUCCUGUCAAAAUGUAAUGAGUAUGUUUGGGUGUUAGUGAAAAUGUAUGGAGUAAAAAGUACAUUGUUUUCUUUAGGAAUGUACUGAAGUAAAAAAACUACUUAAGUAGUACUUUAAAGUAUUUGUUUACUUAUGUACUUUACACCACUGAUAGUGUGAUAAGAUAUUUAUGACAAAUAACAUCGUUCAAUCACUUUGAGAUUGUAUUCCGAAAAGUUCUUUAGAAAGACUGUAGAAAUGAACCGAGCUCAUUUUCAUAUUACCCACAGAAAGAUGAACUGACGUGCUUCAUUGGUACACCAUUUAGAAAACAAGGCUUUGAUCUUCUCCACACAUGCCAUUUAGUCUGUUACACGGAGUGAUUACUGUAUUAUUAUGGUGCUUAGCCAUCAUUAGCUCUGAUAUAAUCAUGCCAUCAAUUGUGAGAUUCCCUAAACAGAACUCAAUAUUAUGUUGAUUGUAUGUUAUUACAUAGAAGCAGUAUUAUAUCAAUGGUCUGUCCAUUUAGGCCUUGUCGAGGCAAGAGUCUCUAGCUGCUACUAUAGGGAGGUCAGAUGUGGCUGAAGGGACUAUCAUAUCAGGAGGGAAGUACAGCCGUCAGACAACACCCUGUUGGGCGUCGUCCCGUCCUCCCGCGUAAGAGAGGAGAACAGGAAGUCAAAUAUGUGAGUAGUGAGAUUUGGCGAGGCCAUGUUUGAAGGCGUUGAAAGCCCUUUGAAAGGUAACUCUGCUUGUAUUGUUGUCACACAGGGGAGCUGCUGUUACUUAGCUCUGCUACGGGCUGAUGAAUGGAUUAUUAAUGGCCGUCUGUAACUGUUGGAAACCUCUGCUAACUGCCGCUUCCCUUCCUCCUCACCACACCUCCCCUGAGAGAGAUUCCCACCUGCAUGCAAUGCAUGCUCAGGAAGACAGUGUGUUUGCACUGGAGUGCCUCUGGGUGGCUGACCCCCUCUCGCCCUUCAUCGCUCCUCCUCUUCAUCCUCCUCUAUCAUACACCGGCCUCAGUCUCUGUCCCCAAAACAAAAUCUCAUUCUCCACUUCAGUUCCACUGAGUAUUCUAGGCCUCCUGUAUCUCACUCCCUCUCUUUAUUUCCAUCACAGAUUCAAGAACUGACACACCAAACAUUCCUAAACAUCAGGCCAUUGCUUCACAGCAAAUUUCGGGCACGUCACUACAUGGCUAUCCUACUCUCUCAUCCCACCCUCACCGCCAAAUUAGUAGAAGGUCAUUCGGUGUGUGUGCUCAGUUCCCAUGUGGUCGGUGGGAUUUCUUUUUUUUUUUUGCAGUUGGUGACUUCUAGGGCCCAUUUUAGAGUCCUAGUGCCCGUGUGACGUCCCAUCUUCUUAUCGUCUCUUUUAGAAAAUGAUAUUGUUUUCGAAAGCGUCAAGGACCGUAGUGGUUGUCUUGUACUAUAGAUAAGCUUGUGACAGUCGGCGAUACGAAGUUGUAUUGUAGGUUUAAUCCAUGGGACUAAUCACAGUUUGGACCGUCAAGAAGGUACAGUUGAUUCGGGCCUAUGUACCAUUCGAGAAUCAUGUAAAGGGUACAGAAGGUGAGGGGGUACCUGUUGACAGCUACAGUAUGUGUUUGUGUCGCUCUUCAUGUUGUGUGUCUGACUCAUUGCGUUCCCUUGUCUUAGAGUCUUGCCUGUAGCACCUGUUAGUCAGUGUUUUCAUCAUCUACUACAGCUGCACUAAGCCAUUCCCCUCCCUCAACCUCAAGCCCCACUCACAAAUCCUAAACCUCCAGGGUUAGAGCUCACUGCUGCUUUGAAGUAGCUGAACGUGGUAAUAUACAUACCUGUUUGUCGUACUAGACCCAUUUCCCCUGCCUUGACUAGCUGUAAUCUCAAUUAUCGUCCUCCUAAAUUGCCUGUAAGAGCAUGGACUGGUCUCUCAAUCGCCUGCCCUUGCCUGCCCAUUUCACCGGUAUCAUGCAAACACAUGCCAGUGUUUACCUGCCUAACCCGGAGUGGUCUUUCGGUCGCAGAGAAUGAGGAGCAGAGUGAAAUUGUAGCUGAGAAGGUUGCCUGCCCAUGGAGUUGCCUUACUAACCCAGCUGCUUUAGUGGGAGCAGUAGCAAUUUCCCUAUGUUGACAGUCGUGCCAAGCAGACGUUGCCAGCCAUCGAUUUGGUGCUCUUCAAAACUAUCCUCAAGUUUUUCCUUUCCACAGUGAAAGAGAGUGAGAAAUGGCUUUAGUAUACAGAUUAAGUCAUUCAAAUUCCUACCUGUUUAUAGAUAAUUGGCAGAUGAAAGAGUGGUGCAUGUAUGCAAUCAACUAUCUUUAACAUCUCUCUGUCAGGUGUGGUCUCUUUCUUCUUCUCUCUUCUUUCCCCUCCCUUCCCCUUAUGUUGUUAAUCUGCGGUAACAGAUUUUGAUUUCAGCCUUCAAAGCACAAUAUCCUUCCUAUGCCCCUAACUUGAAACACUCAUUCCCUCAAUACAUCUGGAAAUAGAUCAGAGCAAUUCUGUCAAUACAAUCGAUUGAUACAGCAUGGAGAGGGUUAUUGUGUUUUGAAGGCCAGUGUCCUCUGUGUGAGCUGCACAGAAUGUCUGUUUAUAUAAACCACUUGUCGUGAGGGAAGUCUGUCUGUGCCUAUGUGUGCGUCUGUGUACAUGACUGUCUGAGUUCAAAUAGAGAUCCAGUAGUAUUGAAGUUAGAUGUCUGUACCUAUGCCAGAUAGGUUAAUGUAACGUAUACCCUACAUCAGGGGUCCACAAUUACAUUCAGCCGUGGGCUGAUUUUGAGCUGAUGGUCGGGGGGCCAGAACAUCAGUAGGUAUAAAUCAUUUAUAAACUGUAAAUUGACUGCAAGAAUCCCAAACAGAUAUAAUAUUUGACAGAAAAAGUAUAAUUUCCAACCUUGAUUACAUUGGGAUACGAUGACUCUUUUAUUUUUGUGUGGGAAUGCUUCGGACAGAUUUACUAAAUUAAAAUCCCUUUGAGCUCAUUUUCUGGUGAUUUUACAGUUUUGGGGAACAUAUUUCCUCAAUUUAAAUCACAUUGAGCUCAAUGACUGGUGAUUUUAGUAUUUUAUUAAAGGUCCAUUGCAGCCAUUUUUAUCUCAAUAUCAAAUAAUUUCUGUGUAAAAAUGUACUACCUUACUGGGAUUGUUUUCAAUUAAAAUGUUCAAAAAGAAACAAAAAUAGCUUCUUAGCAAAGAGCAAUUUCUCAAGCAAGAAUUUUGCUAGGACUGUCUGGGAGUGGUCUGAGUGGGAGGGGAAAACUGAAAACCAGCUGUCAUUGGCAGAGCGCUUUGGAACUUUCUUUCUUAUUGGUCUAUUUACUAAUUUACUGCCUGAUGAUGUCACCAGGCAGGCCAAAACUCCAAUCCCACCACAACAGGCUGAAAUUUCGGGUGGUCUUUUCAAACAGCUCUUAUACUUAAAGGGCAGUAUUAUUCCAACCUCAUAGUGUGGGAAUUAUAUUUAAAACACAGAUAAAUCACAUUUUUGACUGCACUGGGCCUUUAAAAAAUUUGUUUUGUUUUUUGCUCAGAAAACUUGGGGGAGCCAAAUAACAUCACCCCGGGCCAAAUUUGGCCCGCGAGCCCCCUAUUGGGGAACCCUGCCCUACACUCCCAUCAUAUAAAAGUGACUUUGUAGCGGUCUCUCUAGAUGAAAGCAGUUAACGCUACAAAACUUUGUUGAUGAAAACUUGGUUGGUUGGAUUCAGAAAUAAUAGUGUCUUUAGUAUCUGUGUGACUGUGGCCUGUCCUGUCCUUGUACCCAGCCUCAAAGGCACUUCCUCCGUCACUCAAACUGAGAGCACCUAUCACUUGUCUAUAUGUACUGAUCCUUCCAUCUCCCCUGCCGACACACCAACACUCCACUCCGUACUCCACACAUCUCGCAGUGAGACACACCAUAGAAAGACACACUACAACCACAACCUAGGAGCACUUGCUAACCUCACGGGUUCACCAGAGAAAGUGAUGAAGGGUUAAAUGACCACCUGAGACCACUGAUACCUGACCUCUCUCUGUGCAACACCACCUCCAUGACAUAUGACAUUCCAACUAUCCAUUCUAUACCUGCCUGUAAAUGUCAACAGGAAGAAUGGACUAGCGGGGGGGGGGGUCAGAGAGAUGUCCAGGAGAAGAGGUCAGGGUGCUGGAAGUGAGUAGGGGUCAGCCAUCGGUCUACCACCAUCAGGCCUGUUGCUGCUAGAUGCCUGCCAUCCUCUGUCUGUCCUCCAGCCUGGGCAGCUCCCACUGGGAAUUGCAUUCAUUCCGUUCUCCCCAGUCCGGAGUGGGGCAACCUCAACCCCACCUUCUCCCUCAGUCAUUCACUCAAUGUUUUGGCCUCAUGUCCAAGUCAGCUGUGUUUAAAUGUCAAAAUCUGUUCGUUUUUUUUUUACUUAGGUUUAAAAGUCAGUUCACAAAUGUUCUGUAGUGUGCACUCAUUGAUUAUGCCAUGCUGACGAGUGUUCACAUUUUUCUCUCCUUUUUUUUGCUUUUGUUGUAUACUCUGUCUAAUCCUUUCCCCAGCAGGGUUCAUGGCUGAAACUCUCCCGACACCUUAGAUUGUCUCUGAUUAUAUUAGAUUAGUAUGAUAUUCUAUACCAUUACAAAUCACUGUUUAAUGCACUGUGUUAUUAAAGUGAAGACGAUGUAUAUAUCAAGCAAUAUAGCCUGCUUCAUUGCAGUGAGAUGGUACCCUCUGUACCCUCUCUCUCUGGCCUCGUAAAUGAUUGAUGAAGCUCUCUUGUCUUGACACAGUUAUUUAAUCAUUCCCCGUUAUGCACAAUCGAUUCCUGCAGUAAGCAGCUAGGCAGCUUUCCAUUAUACAACCAGAUAUCUCCCCACUCACCCCCACUGCCAGUCUCUAUAUGUUCUCCAGUGACUCACCCAAAACCAAUAGUUCACAUGUCCGUUUUAUCUUAUGAGGAGAUUGCUUUCUUUUUCUGUGUGGUUUUUAUUUCCUGCAUAGGGGUUUUUGCUCACCUCGAGCUCUAACUCCUUAUAUUGAAAGAUAAAACUUGUAAAUAAUUGUAAUUGAUUUAUUUUUCUACUAUUUUUCAAUUUGUUCGUUGAUGGACAUCCUUGCGUUGGGCUGAGCAAUAUCAAGGCUUUUGGUUUUGCGUGUGCUUAAGGCCAUACACCUUUACAGGUCUAUUUGUGCUGACAUGAACUCUCUAAUUCAUAUACACCUAGCCCUACAUGGGCUGUUUGUAUAUAUGAUUUUCGGCCUCAGACUGCUGACAGUUUUCUCUCAAUGCAACCUAACCUCUUAUGCAGUAGCCCUUUUGAGCAUGCUCCAACCUCUAUCAGCCCCGCACCUAUCGCUCUGCCUGCUAGCGCUGCUUCGCCCAAUCAGGUGGCUUCACCUGCUGCUUCGCAGUCUCCAGAGCCCGCCCCCGUAGGCCCUGAACCCACCCCUGAGAGCCAAUAUGGCCAGGCUCCCCCCAUGCAACAAGCCCCUCCCAUGUACCAGGGGCAAUCCAUGUACCAGGGGCAAUCCAUGCAGCAGGGGCAAUCCAUGCAGCAGGGGCCUCCCAUGUACCAAGGGCCUCCCAUGCAGCAGGGACCUCCCAUGCAGCAGGGACCUCCCAUGUACCAGGGGCCCCCCAUGCACCAGGCCCCGCAUAUGCAGCAGCCUCCUCACAUGCAGCAGCCUCCUCACAUGCAGCAGCCUCCUCACAUGCAGCAGCCUCCUCACAUGCAGCAAAGCUCCAUCCAGAUCCCUGUGGGCCCUCCCCCACCCAAGGUGGUCAGCACCGCCUGCAUCGUGCCAGCUCCUGCCCCUGUUCCACCCCAAGCCGCGGCCCCUGAACCCCCCUCCAGCAGGCCCCCCUGGAUCACUGACGACUCUUUUGCCAACAAGUUUGACCCCAGCAAGACCACCAGCACCUGCAUGAAAGUGCCUGCUCUACCUCAGAGUGCCCCACCAGCACCGGCCUAUAUCCCACACCCUGGCUCUGCCCACACCCCUCACUCUGCCCCAAGCCCUGCCUAUAACCCAAGCCCUGCCCCCUACAACCCCACCCCUGCCCCUUUCAAUCCUGUUGCCCGGGGCGUGGCCCAAAGGGCGGAGCGCUUCGCUGCCAACAGCAACAGAGCACCCCUCUGUGGAGCCUGCAACAACAUGAUCAGGGGACCCUUCCUGGUGGCCCUGGGUCGAUCCUGGCACCCAGAGGAGUUCAACUGUCACUACUGCCACACAUCGCUGGCAGACUGCAGCUUUGUGGAGGAGCAGAACGCAGUGUACUGUGAGAACUGCUACGGCGAGUUCUUUGCCCCCACCUGUGCCCGCUGCAACACCAAGAUCAUGGGGGAGGUGAUGCAUGCUCUGCGGCAGACAUGGCACACCACCUGCUUUGUGUGUGCUGCCUGUGGCAAGGCCUUUGGAAAUAGCCUCUUCCACAUGGAGGACGGGGAGCCCUACUGCGAGAAAGAUUACAUUUCACUCUUCAGCACCAAGUGCCAUGGCUGUGACUUCCCAGUAGAAGCUGGAGACAAGUUUAUUGAAGCACUGGGUCAUACCUGGCACGACACCUGCUUUGUCUGUGCGGUGUGCAAUUUGAACCUGGAGGGCCAGCCCUUCUACUCCAAGAAGGACAAGCCCCUGUGCAAGAAGCACGCUCACGCCAUCAACGUGUAGAUGCUCCAUCUGCAGUUUUAUGGGGUGGUGGGCAGGUGUUUACGUAGCUAUGCCCAAGCCUUGGCAAAGAGCCCUGUAGAGGGCAUUGAUGCCAGUCAAAAUGAUGAAAAACACAAGCUGAAGAUGAUAGCAACAAGAUUGACUGUUCAGCAAACCGAUCAAUCAGGCGUAACAAAAUUUAAGUAUUUUCAUUGGUACUGAAAUUCAAGACAAAACUGCAUAAAAUGCUGCAGCCCCCCCCCCCCCAAACAUGUGUUACGUGUGUAUUUAUUAAUAACACUUACAAAUGAAUUAUAUUGUAUAUCAGAGAAUUCUGAUGUAAACUCUUUGCUACUCCACUCAGGUCCCGGAGGGCCUCAAUCCAGUGAGGCUGGAGCAAAAGCCUUAGCUUUUGCUCCAGACACAGGCAGACUGAGUGGAGUAGCAGGGCGAUCAGUAAAUAAGAUGCUUUAUUUCACAGGAACACUCGUGUGCUUUGUUUUGAAUGUCAAAACCCAAAUAGCUUGCAGUGAAUGUAAUAAGACCGUUUAAGUAUCACAUACAGUAGAUUUAACAUGAUGAUGCCUCACGCUGACCAACAGAGCACAGAACGUGAACCGAUACAGUAUACUGUAGCAUGACACAUGCAGGCCUACGAAUACUGUUUGAUUUCACAGAGGUAUUAUUAAAGUGACAGUUUAGUAAGUGAUAUUCAUUGCAUCUUUGGCAAAGUGUUAUUUAUUUACAUAGAAUUAAACGGAAGUAUAACAUCUAUGGAUGUUUAUAUUGCUGACAAAACAGUUAUAUUUGGACUUUUGCUGUCUGAUUUAGUUUUGUAUGCAUGCAGUUGCAUCAUACAGAAGUUCAUAGUAUUAUAUGAAGAACCUGUCACUCACUCUGUCAUCCUGGAUUUAUUUAUUUAUUAUAUACAAAGAUGGUGCUCUGUUACAUUAUGAUACAGUAAUACUAUACCAACUUUGGGGAUCCAGGUAGAAGAUGAGGCAAAACUUUUGAUAUAUUUGAACACUUUAGGGGGUAGGGAAGUUAGGUUUUUGGAAUGUGUCUCAUAAACGGGAUUUGCUCCUGACUGGAAAUCAAGGAACCACUCUGUGUCUUUUAUAGUAUGUAAUGGGAAUUUUGGGGGAGGUGCACGGAUGGUGGACCAGAGCCAGAUAGAUAUGUCACAAUGGGCCGCUGGACUACUGUGUCUCCGCAGCUUUGGUCUCUGAAUUGCGCUUAAGGGAGGCGAGCUCUGGCCUGGGGUCUUACAGAUACAUUUUACACAACAGAUGUCUAUGCAUGGUGAUAUGCCACAUACAACCGUAAUGAAGCGCUUAACUUAAACAGGAAUGUAUAGGAAAUAUCUGUCGGUCAAAAAAAACCAGCCAAACACAAUCAUUUCUCUCUCACUAGCACAUGCACCUUAAAGGUCAGUUGAGACCGUGUGCUUGUGUACAGACUUUAUACUUUCAGAGUUUAUUUUAUACAUCUUUGUGUCUUUUCUGUGUUUGUGUAAGUGCGUGUGCAUGCAUGAGUUUGUACACGAUUGUCAGUGCAUGUCUACUGGGGCAACAUCAGUAUUAGUAAUGUAUCUGUGCCACUAGAGUAGCAAAGCAUACUGUGAUUUUUACAUAACACUGAGAACACUACACUGAGUACAUUUGAUAUGCAUACUGUAUGUGUGUAGAUCAACUGGUAAGAAAAGCACAGUCGGUGCCAGUUCAGAAUAAACCUUACAUGGUACCAUUGGAGGGAAAUGAAGACGGGCUUGAAUUGUUGCGAAAUAGUUGUUUACGUACUUGAAGUUCAGCGUAUUGAAACUAGUUGUAUAGUUUCCAACCACUAGAGUGCAACAGAGUGCUGACACCAUUCUGCUACUUGGCAUGCCUCAGACACCAUUCACUACAUAGUACACUCACUGUAUGUUCCCUCUGUCCCCACUCCAGCAAACACUACAAAGCCAUUUGUCACCCCUGUGGACUUCGUAUCCAACAGUUCAAUGUCAAGCUUUUUUCCAGGCCCCAUGUAUCAAUGUCAUUACACUAACUCCAUAAUCAGAAAGUGUGGACAGGAUAGGGAAAACAAUUGUUAGGGUUAUUUAGAUGGUAACUUUUGUUUUUAAAGACUAUUGCGUCAACAUGAUGAUAGAAAUGCUGUGCAUCCCAUUGAGGCUAUUUUUAGACAAUCAAAUAUAGUGUAUUUUGUGUUACCUGGUAUCUGAAGGACCAUGUCAGCAGCCCAAAAUGUCAAUAUCGCUGGUUCCAAUGCUCACACGUUUCCUCUGUAGUCAACAUUGGCUAUAAUAACACGAUGAAAGAAUAGUUAAGGACAUAUUUAAGGAGGACACAGUUUUAUAGAAUUUCACAGUCCAUUCCCAAAUGACUAUAACUUCUCUCUGCCGUCAGGCAUUCAUUCCAUUUAGGUACGAGGUCUCUGGUGCAUCUCUGUCCUCUGUAACGAGAGACUUAAGUAGCCUUCAUCGUUCUCUUCACUCUUGACACUUCCCUCCCUCCUGGCUAGUUCUCACUAAACAGUCUAUAUGGCACACAGGUUACUUUGCUAUGACACUGUAUUAAGACAAUCCUUUUUAAAUUUCAGGCUGCUGAGUGGUCUUUUAGAUGUUGGUUCACACAUUAUUUCUGUUUGUACUGCUGUUUAGUAAACACUGCAAGAUUUAUAUCCAGGCUGCAAGAUUUAUAUCCAAUGUGCAAAAGGGUAUUUUUUAGUAUUUUUGUUUUAGAAUAGAUAUAUACUUGGCAUGAGAUAACAACCACACACUUAAAUCGGAUCAUUGAUUUACUUAUAUGUUUUUGAAGCAGUAACUGAAAUAUGGCUUUGAUCUUUGAGUAGUUGUAGGCCGUCAAUGUUUUUUUCUUUGGCAUGGACUGUGUUGGAGGAAAAGAGUUGUUGUCAUUGUUCUGUUGUACAUUAUGAAUAACACAUUAAUUAGUGGUUCAUCUCUUGCUGCAUUUGUACUUAGAACCCUAUCGUCUAUAUAGACAAGGUCUUUUUAUGUGGAACGUUGAUGUGUUUGGAUUGUAACCCCAUAUUUCAAACGACUCACCCUGCCUGGCCUACCAUAACACUAACUAUACUUAGAAAUUGGAACAUGUUUUAUGCAUUGCUUUAUUUAGUGAAAUGCAUCUGACUGCUAUCAGAACAGAGUUACAUGGAGAAAGGAUAUACCUUGACGAUUGAAGAAUUUAACAGGAGUCUAUCGGUGUGUGUGUGUGUAUCUAUCUUGGGGAGGAAAUGUGCUUGAUUUCGUCUCUCUUGAGAACUUUCUGGAUUGGACAAUGUUUGAAGGGCCUUAAUUUAUGCAUGCUGUAGCCUAUUAAAUACCAUGACCUUAAUUUAUAUUGUUCAGCAAAGACUACAAAUCACCAUUAUGUUUUUGUUUUACAACCACAAGUAUGCCUGUAUUACCAGGGUCAAUGUUGAGAGGCUGCUGGUAUCUAGAUCUCUAGGGGGUCGUUCCACAAAAUGGGUGCCUCUUGCGUCCAUUUGAUAUUUAAGUAGAACGUGCAACAAUAUUACAUUUUAAAAGCCUGUUAUAUUAAAUGAAGUGCCCUUUUAAUACAGACCAUAUGGAGAAUCCAAUAAAUAUAUUUUUUUAUGUGAAUAAAGGCUACCUAAAGUGCCAAAAUUCAGCAUGUUGACGCCCCUCCAUCCACCCUUUGUCACUUCUUCUAGGAAGAUUUCAACCCACUUGCUCAAAACAUUUCUCCAAGUGUCAAUAUCGUUGUAAAGCCCUAGUUAUUUUAGUUGCUUUGACAAAGUAAUUUGAAGAUCAUUUAUUUAAUGUGAUUAUUGAUUUAUUUACGCCUGUCCCUCAUUUUGGUGAUCCCUGUUAUGUGAACUGAACUUUUGUUUUAAUAUGGUGAAACUAUUUAUUUUAAAAUAUAUUUUUUAAAGAAACAUUGAACAUGAAUUGUCAAAUCAUAGUUUAAAAGCAGGUGAUAUGGUUUGACUAUUUUUGGCCAUUUUCUGGUGUUUUGUGGUGGGAAACUGAGCAGGUCGAACAUAACACGUCAACCCUGUAGAUAGAUAGACAGGCUAGAAAUGUUUUAGCUAUUUCAUUUUUUUUCUUCGUGAAACUGAUAUUCACUUGCCACUCCCUGAUGCACAGAAGCAUCCAUUCCCCCUAUCACAAGGGGAUUUAUGGUUGAUUUAAGAAGAAAUUGUCAACACUUUAUUUUGAUUUUAUUUAUUUGGCACUUUAAUAGGCCCUUUCUAUAGUCAUUUUUGUUAUUUUAAAAAAACUCUUGAUGAGAACAUGUUUUUUAUGAAUUUGAACAUGUGCUCUUGACAACUUUGGUGAAAUGACACUUCUAAAAAGGCACUGAAUUGGUGGAAUGACCCUAGGAUGGUUUGAAUCUUUGAAAAUUGUCAAUAAACAUUUUAUUUCACAA